UUCUCCCGCAAGCUACCCAAAUUCCAAAAACUCCCCCCAAAUUUUCUAAAUCUCCCGCUGCCCCCAAUUUUAUUUUUCAGAAAUCCCCUCCCCCCAGAAUUUCAAAUCCCUAAUUCCCUUUUCUAUAAAACCCCACCAAAAUCCCCAAUAACAAACCACAAUUCACAGUCCCAAAUCUGAAACCCCCCAGAAAAAUUUGCCUAUUUUAAAAUCCACCCCAGAAAAAAUUAUCCCCAAUUUCUUGAGUUAUUUCAGGAACCCUAACAAUGCCUUCAAAAAUCGAAGAAACCGACCCACUUCUCACCGAAAACCCAGAUAGAUUCUGUAUGUUCCCAAUCAAAUACCCACAAAUCUGGGAGAUGUACAAGAAGGCUGAAGCCUCCUUCUGGACAGCGGAAGAAGUAGACCUCUCACAAGACAACCGUCAUUGGGAAACCGCGCUCACCGCCGACGAGCAACACUUUAUCACCCAUAUCCUCGCCUUCUUCGCCGCCUCCGACGGCAUAGUCCUAGAAAAUCUCGCCGGCAGAUUCAUGAAAGAGGUCCAGGUUGCUGAGGCGCGCGCCUUCUACGGGUUCCAAAUAGCAAUCGAAAACAUCCACUCCGAAAUGUACUCUCUCCUCCUAGAAACCUACAUCAAAGACUCAGAGCUUAAAUCCCACCUCUUCCGAGCAAUCGAGACCAUCCCCUGCGUGAAGAAGAAAGCGGAGUGGGCCCUCCGAUGGAUUGACGGCGCAGAAUGCUUUGCCGAGAGGCUAAUUGCUUUCGCUUGCGUUGAAGGGAUCUUCUUCUCCGGAAGUUUCUGCUCCAUAUUCUGGCUCAAAAAGCGCGGGUUAAUGCCCGGAUUAACCUUCUCAAACGAGCUGAUAUCGCGAGACGAAGGGCUUCACUGUGACUUCGCCUGCUUGCUGUACAGCUUGUUGAAGAAGAAACUAAGUGUGGAGAAAGUCCAGUCAAUCGUAGAAGAAGCGGUGGCAAUCGAGCGUGAAUUCGUGACGGAUUCGCUGCCUGUAAAGCUGGUAGGGAUGAACUGUGAGCUGAUGAGUCAGUAUAUUGAGUUUGUCGCAGAUAGGCUUUUGGCUGCGCUUGGGUGUGGUAAGGUGUACGGUGUGGUAAACCCAUUUGAUUGGAUGGAGUUGAUCUCUCUUCAAGGGAAGACUAACUUCUUUGAAAAGAGAGUUGGGGAAUAUCAGAAAGCUUCUGUAAUGUCUAGCUUGAAUGGCAAUGGUGGUGGUACCCAUGUCUUCAAGAUGGACGAGGAUUUUUAAAUUUACUUUUAGGUUUAGUUUUUAUGAUCAAAAUCUUUGAGCAAUUAGUACUACUAAUUUGGCAUUUCUAAUGUAUGUAAAAUAUGGAGUAGUAUGUUUGUAAUUUUAAAGUUAUGUGCAUUUUAUAUUAUUUUUUCCUUAUGUCCUUGUAUUAACGACUAUUUUGCUUGGUAAAAUAAAGUGAUGUUAUUUAGCUGUA